AUGUUUCUGAACUUCGUCAACACUAAAUACAUGGUUUUGCUAGGCUGUGUGCUGGUGGGACUUACAUAUGCCAAACAAGGACAGAAACCAAUAUGCGACACUGGGUUGACGAUUUCCAGUGACUACGAUUCCUCUCAGGCAGCAAACACGGAUGUAAAUGGCAACAAACGCUCGCUAUCUGCAUGGACCUGGAUUCCAAACGUUUCCUCCCUCAGAAUAACACAGGUAAUCUUUGAAGCCCAGUGUCUUUCAGAAUAUUGCAGCUAUCUCAACACCGGUGUGGACGAGAGAUUGAACUCUUUGCCCAUAUAUCAGGACACACUGGUACUGAAACAGGAUACGCAAAACAGGAAGUGCUUCAGGGUGACUUCUGAGAGCGUGAUAGUGGGUUGUACAUGUGUAUGGGCCAAAACCUCUUGA